GGAAACCAUUUGGCGCUAUGAACCAACAACCCAUCUCUUUCCCCACUGGGCAGACCUGGCAGCAGCAACCUUGGGCUUCUUGGGCUCCCUGGCUCUCUCACUGGCCCGUCCCACCACCAUGCCCCUAUCCAGCCGCUUCUUGGGCUCCACGGGCUGCUGCUCCGCAUCCGGCUCCACGAUCUGCUGCACCGGGUAUUCUCGGCCCUCGUCCUCCCCAAGCCUACAAUGUUAUGGGUUCAUCUGUCAGUUAUACUCCUACUGACAUUGAAGCAGCAAUGCAUGCUCUUUCCUUCACUCAACCAGACGGGAAUUACUAUAUGGACACCGGUGCAACUUCACAUAUGACUGCAGAUCAAGACGGGAACCAUACUCCUGAGAUGUGAUAGUAGCGGUGACUUAUACCCUCUGUUCACCAACAGUCCAGUCAAGUCAUUUGUCCCUCAUUCUGCACUCACUGCUAUAUCUCCCGAUCUUUGGCACAACCGCUUAGGACAUCCUGGCGCUGCUGUUCUUAGAUCUCUUAGACAUUUAAAGUUCAUUGAUUGUAAUAAAAGUCAUAUGACUUAUUGUUCCUCUUGUCCUCUUGGCAAACACUCUAAAAUGCC